AUGAUCAAUUUGGAAACUUUUGUUUGGGACAUGCCUACCGGCGUGCUGUCUGAUAUCUUCCUCGCGCUAGGAUCUCAUCAAGACAAAUCACCCAGCGGCGAGUGUAAGCUCGAAAAGGUCUGGGUGCGGUGGCACGAUAGCUAUCGCGACACCACAAUCGCCGACUAUGUUGAACCGGCCCAGACCGUGAUUCCACCGUCAGCCACCUUGACUCCCAUCGGCAUUCUCCUCCCCUCGAGCGCGGAAGAGUCGCCGCGCCCCUCUACUACCAUAGGUUAUGGCGACUGUCGGUUGGAGUACCCGACCUUCAGUGUCCUGCCCCCUUUGAGAAGCCUCACAGUCCUUGAGAUCGACCAGCUCGCCUACCUCGAGGAGAUGUCAACCCUAAUUGAGCGGUCUAGGUCCCGACUUCAGGAGCUUCGCGUUGGUAUCAACUCUCACGUCGUCCAGCUCGACUUUGUGAAGGCUUGGGAUGGGUCCGACCUGCGACAGGUAGACCACGACGCCCACUGGUUUGGGGCGAGCAUGCUUGGAGAACGUCGCUUGGGCGGUGUGCUCGGCGUCUUAUUUGGGAGGAUUUACGAUAUUCGUCGCACCAGCCCCUCCAAAGCCGACGUACAUGACGAACCAUCAACGACACAAAAUGCCUCUCAGGCGGAGGUGGCUGCUGUCUCGUACGUCGAAGUCACACGCCCGUGGGCCCGGAAUAAUGUGCUGACAUCGGCCGGCAGCAUCGUGCCCACUCGAGACAACGGACGCUCCAUCUCCCCGGACCGAUGCCGCCAGCCCGACGUCCCUCCACGACAGUCGCCAGCCGACUCCGCUGGAACGCAAUUCGGCGAAAGCGCGUUCCGCAAGUUUGAAGGGAAACUCAGGCUACGAACUCUCGAGCUCGAGCGUGUCCCCUCUCGAUGCAGCCUGUGGAAGGUCCUGAAGCGCCAGUUUGCGCCUACGUCAGGCCCGACAAGCCCGACCGCUUCUACCACGAGCAAGCCAGGUCAGACGAGCGCCCUCCACUAUUCCCUCGCCUUGAAGCACAUCCACACAGAUCAAGCUUCUACGGCCUUGAUCAGUUUUAUAAAGGAAACCUUGGCUCCAAACUCCCUCGAGGUGUUUUUCCUCCAUGACCGCCGCCAAUCACCAGCCCCAAGUGUCCCCGUGGACCAAAUUUUCAAGUCGGUCAUUGUCAGGCAUCGUAGCAGUCUCCGCAAGCUGCUUCUCGACAGCUCCGAGAAGCGAGGCCGGAAUAACACGGGCCUAAGCCCCUUGCGCUGGCGUGCCUGGGCCCCGACAUCCGACAUGGUCCUCUACAUGACGAGCGGGAAGAUGUCAAAAUUGACAGAGCUUUCUAUUGCGUUAUACUAUCGUGACUGGCACACCUUCCUCCAGAGACUGCCAAACAUUCCUCAACUAAGGUCUCUGAACAUACCCAACAUGGCCCCUCCCGAUAGAGAAGGUCAUAACUCGGAGGUAAAAGAGUUGGCUCUCCAAAUCGUGGACAUUGUAACGCUCCGGCCCGAAAUCGAGCUCUGCUACGUCGGCCUCUGCUCCAAGUGCUUCGAGAUCUACGAAGCCGAGCCUCGUUCAAGAGCUCGGAGAGCUAGACGUGGUUCAGCCAGCUCAUCAGUGAGCCACACCCAAGGUAGUGACAUAUCCUCGUCCAGCAGCGACGACGACGACACAGCGAGCCAGGCCUCGGUCCAUACAGCGGAGGAAACCGACAUUGGUAACAUGGUUGUCGCUAACCUGGUCAGUGAUGAGACGGAGUCCGAGACCUCUGCAAUCGAAGAUUCGGAUGUGGAGUCACUCAAAGAUUUCGAUCUCAUGCUACCCAAGUGCGAGUACCGAGCAAGGGAAAUAUUGUUCUUUGACGAGGUUGCCAUCUUUAAAGCGCGACAUGCCAAGCUUUAG